AUGAACUUGGUCUUCCUCUUCACGCCCUAUUCGAACAUCGCUUCAUCUUCUUGCUUCCAGAAAAUCAGCUACGUGUACAGAGACUCGUUGGUCUCAUGUUUCCCAGCCCGCGCUAGACCCUCACCAGCUUCUCGACGUCCCGACGCCUCUAUCCGCAUCUCAACCCCCCCGUAUCCUUUGUUGGCCGCCUCCAGGGUCAAGAGCGAAACGCGUCGCCGAUCGUCCCAAGCUCUCAGUCCUUGGCCCCUCGGCUUCUUUCUUAUCCUUCAUCACACUCGCCGCAUCAUUGAGCCUCGAAGCCGAUUCCUGACUCGGAACUGAUGCGCAGAGGCCCGCUUGGGUGAUUUGCCUCCUGUUCCCGACCUACCUAGGUAUCCGUAUGCUGUUGGCGGAACAUGACCGAUGGGAGGGAGUGCCACUUACGACUGCUGGAACGGAUUGAACGGGAGAACCAUCAAACAAGGAAUUCGGCGACAACGUUCGUCCACCCGAUAUGUUCAACAUUCAAAGCCGCAUCAUCCACUUUAUCAUCCCCGGGAUGCCUUGGCCGUCU